CUAUUAUUCAGCCUUUUUCCAAGCGAGAAGAUUUUCUAGAUUCUGCUUGGGUGCCAUCGGACAGCUCCAUUACUGGACUUCCAGUCCACAUGAGUGUCCAAGACAAUCAUGGCGUUCUCUUGCUUCAGGAACGUGAUGGUCUUCCUGCUGAAGAUCACGAAGGCAGCAGAAUUGUUGCUGGUGUCAAAGUAACUUGUGAGCUGAUGGGAGAGUGUAGAUUUGUUGUCAGCAUCAUCUUCUCUUGUAAAACAUAUGGUAAGCUCUUCAUUUAAAUCGACUUCCCCAAUGCUACAAGCGAUCACAGAAUACAGUUGUUGUAGACGUUGUUGCCUCCAAAUAUACACAAUACUAUCACUGUAUUCCAAUGUCUUGAUAAGGGUCGAUCAUGGUCAAGUUGUAAUAGGCAUUUGUUCAUUAAAUAAGCCUUAGCUAGUAGCAUCGCAAUCAAGGUGUAGCCAUUGCUCUUCACAUGAUCAUUGAUAGAAAUCUGUGAAACACCAAACUGUGAAAUUACAAAGGGGAAAGACCAAACUGUGAAAUUACCCAUAGCUGUAGAUGUGACUACACGAAGCAGUUGCACUGAAGUAGUUGCACCACUUGGCCUGUUAUCCCAGUUGGUAGUGAAUUGUUGA